GUGAAUGAUGCCCUGUGAGCUCAAAACCAGGGUGGGGAUCAUUGGGUCAGGGAAUUUUUCCCGAGCCCUCGCCAAAAGACUGAAAAACGCCGGUUAUGAAGUGGUCAUCGGAAGCCGACGUCCGCGCAAUCUAUCUGAAGUAGAUAAUUGUCUCUGCAAUGUUACGAUGACGUCACUAGAAGACUGUGUCAAGCAGGUGUCCAUUGUGUUUUUGGCCAUUCAUUUUGAAAACUACAAAGAUUGUUUGUCAAACCAUGAAGAUCUUUUUACUGGCAAAACCGUUGUGGAUGUUUCUAACAGGCUUAAGCUUCCUAAGCACCGAUCCAAUGCGGAGUAUCUUAGUUCACUUUUACCCAAUGCUAAUAUUGUCAAAGCCUUCAAUGUCAUAUCAGCAUACGCCAUGGAAAAUGAGUUCGCGGGCGGAAGCCAGGAAGUCUUUAUAGCAGGCGAUGAUCUAGCAGCGCGGGAGAGAGUUUGUGUUAUUGCAAGAGACAUGGGAUUCGUUGCAAGUGACUGGGGUCUCUUACAGUCAGCCCGACGAAUCGAAUCGUAUCCGUUGAAAAUAUUCCCUGGAUGGAAAACGCCUAUACUUUUCACAGUGGGGGUUUUCGUCGUGUGGUUUUUAUAUAUCAUUUUCAUUUACUUCGUCAAGAAAACUGCGUAUCGAUGGGACCAGAUCUUCGUGAAAGUUCUGAACAAGCCUCUCUGCAUGACAGCCAUGACUGUGUAUGCGUGCACAUAUCUACCAAGCUCUUUUGCAAGUGCCUUUCAGCUGUAUCAUGGUACAAAGCACAUCAACUUCCCAGGCUGGUUAAAUAGAUGGCUUUUGACAAGAAAACAGCUGGGUCUUAUAGCCUUUGUGCUUGUUUGUAUCCAUGUCAUCAUGUCUGUUUUGAUCAUGAGUCCCACAUAUCUAAGUUCCUGGUUUCAGUCUACGACAAUAGUCAUUCCAGGAAAUCGAACAGACGACAUCAAAAUACCCAUCAAAACCUGGAUGGUCUGGAAAGGUGAGGCUGCGUGUUUAGUGGGAAUUUUAGCAUUUGUUUGUAUGUGUAUCAUCGCUAUAUCAACAUUGCCCUCUGUCACAAGAACUUUGAACUGGAGAGAAUGGAGAUUUGUCCAAUCAAAGCUUGGUCACGUGGUUCUUUUCCUCUCCAUUUGUCACGUGGUCAUCAUGGGUGCUCCCGGUUGGGCGAAAGGAGGGCUCAUCAAAACGCUACAAUCUAUAACAUUUCUAAGUUUGAUUAUUCCAUUCUUCACACUUUUCUUCAAGGUUAUUUUCUCUUUUCCUUGUAUUGACAAAUAUGUGCAGAAGAUACGUCGAGGUUGGGAGGCGUCAUAUUCAAAAUGUCGUGCUAAGUGCUCACAAAAACAUGCCACGUUUGGCAAAGUGUAUUCAAAGCCCCUGGAUCAGGACAAUAUUUCUGAGGAGGACAUGAUGAUAGGGUCACGGGAGGAACAUUUAAGUUGUGCAUGUCAGGAUACUUCUAUAGUGUAGGAGAAAACUGAUAUGUUAAUUUAUUUGUAUUCUUUGUCAUUUUCGAAAGUAGCAUUUUCAAUAUUUACCAUUCAGGAAACGAAAUAUUAUGGAGGUUACAGGGUAUAUAUAAGAACUUGUUUUGCUUUAGUUCUUCGCAUGCAUGUUUACCUCUACAAAUGUUUUUUUAAAUUAAAUUAUGUUGGACGAUAGACACUCACACUUCAUUUCUUGAACUGGAGUUCUGGUAUUAAACUAUUUGCAUCCAUAUCCAUUGUCCUCCUCGCUUUCGCUAAACGUGGGAAAUGAUAAUUUGGGUCUUUUUGGGUUGUCCAUCAUUUUGUCUGUCUGCUACACUUUAGUUUCCGAUAUCUUCUUAAAGUCCUUAAGUUUUUCAACGAAGUUUUGUUACUCCCCCUUACUUAAAGAAGAUACCUAGCACUUUUGAGGUCAAAAGGGGAAAGGUCAAGGUCAGAAAUUAAUCUAAAUAUUGCAUGAAAUUGUUUCCAGCUUUUUAUUUUAGUUCUAUUUGAGCUUUUGCAGAGAAAGCCCAUUGAUUUUUUUUUUCAAUGAGUUUUACACCAUAACUCCCCGUCACUAAAGAUACCUAGUGAUUUUGAGGUCAAAAGGCCAAGGUCAGAAAUUUAAAUACUAGUAUUGCAUUUAACGUUUUUCCUUUAAUAACUUAAGUUCUCUGUAAACUUUUUAAGUUCUUGGCUCUUCAACGUAGGAAAGACACCAACUGAUUUGAUGCCAAAGGGUGAAGGAUUAAGGUCAUUACUCGCGCUCUUGUCAAUACUAGUACAUGUAGAUUGAAAUACACGUUUUACAUGACUUCUAGCAACAAUAAAACUUAAACAAUAUCAAAAUUCUCCUUCUCUCCAUAUCUGCUUUUAUAGGUCUUUCAUUCUUAAGCAGGGACUUAAAUUCCCAGAAUAGCUUAAUCAUUUUUAUACGUGUUUUUUCUUUCAAUUUCGAAUCGGCACCGUUUUUUUCUUUUUUAUUUUUGAGCAAUUGCUGAAGAGUGUCUUAUUGUUGUUGAUUUUUCUAUAAUUUUUAUACCUAUAUAGUCAUCAAUGUCCAUUAAAUAUUAUCCGUAUAAGACAUGGUAGUGACCACAUGAUCAUAUACCUAUAUUGUCAUCAAUGUUCAUUAAAUAUUAUCCGUAUAAGUAAUGGUAGUGAUCACAUAAUUAUAAUGAUCCAUCUGGAGGUGGAGGCAACUAGUGUGUGCUACAAGUCGUAUUAACUAAACAGCCUUCAUAAAUGCUAAAUACAUUGUGCCUGUACAGAAUCUUGACCGAAUCGCUUACAUGAAAAUGUGAUUUAUUUACACAAUACGCAUUAAAUCGAGAUGCUUUGAAUGACAUUUGUUUAUUUAUUGCUUGUUGUUGAACAAAUUA